ACUAACUGAUUUAAAAGUCUUAACUUUUAAUACGACUGUAAAAUUUCUUUCAUUUUGACGUCUCGUGUAACCGAGUACGCCUAAGUCCCAAAUGUAAACAAACACUUUGGUGGGUCCGGUGCACCGCGGUGGUGCUGGUGAGUCUAGGACGCAAAGCAAAGCCGACGCGGAAAACUUUGUGAGCCAAACAGCAGCAGCGGAACGCCUUCGAAGGAGGGUGGUGCGGGUGCGGGACGAGGUCUAUUGCUCGAAAAGGACAAGGCCAGCUUCCUGCAGGAACUGCAGCUGUUCCAGGACCGGAAUAGGAUGGGAGGUAGGAAUGUGGAUUCGAACCGGUUGUAUUCGGUGGUGGUGGCCCGGGAUUGGUGGUUGAAGGUCAAGUCCCGCGAGGACUGGGGCGAGAUUAUCAAGGAGAUGGCACUGCCGAAGCGUUGCAUGAACAACGAGUUUGCGUGGAAGAAGAUUAACGUCUGGUUUUUGGACAAGUACGAGAAAGUUAAUUUUCACGGUGAGGAGAAGGAUCCGACGAAGAUGAGGACGAUGAGAAGCGGCAUAAUCGGAGGUGGUCAGCGCAGAUGUUGCACUCGGUGCCGGCGUUUUACAACACCGCAACUUUCUGCCCACAAACGCUCACCUCGCGACGGCGCAGCUCCAGCCGAAUGAACCAUAACAGCGAGCCGAAAAAUCUGUCAU